AUGCCCGCUCCAAAGGACGUUUACAUUGCCGUCAUUGGCGCUGGCGGGGUGGGAAAAUGCUUCCUCUCACAGCUCGAAGUUAUCUCGAAACGACUUUCAGCAAACCCGGCGUCCCCGACUCUGUCUCUUAUCCUUGUCUCUCGAAGCAAGAUGAUUCUGUACAGCCCCGAGUAUGUCGCUUUGCCCCACGGCGACAUUUCCACCAAGCUUGCAGCCUCCACACAAGAGCCGCUUCCUCUACCAAAGAUCAUCGACUUCCUGGCUGCUGCCCCCUCAAAGGUGAUUCUGGUCGACAACACCAGCUCCCAAGAUGUCGCGGAUCAAUACCCACAAGUCCUGUCCCGCGGCAUUAGCAUUGUCACCCCGAACAAGAAGGCCUUCUCUGGUUCGUACAAGCUCUGGCAAGAUAUCUUUGCCGCAGCUGCGUCUUCCGGCGCCAAGGUAUACCACGAGAGCUCUGUAGGGGCAGGUCUGCCGGUCAUUUCUACACUUAAGGAUCUGGUGGACACUGGCGACUCCGUAACCAAGAUUGAAGGUGUCUUCAGUGGUACUAUGUCGUUCCUGUUCAAUUCCUUUGCACCUACAGAAGGUUCAGGAGGCAAAUGGUCCGCAGAGGUUAAGAAGGCGAAGGAGUUGGGAUACACAGAGCCAGAUCCUCGGGAUGAUUUGAACGGUUUGGAUGUUGCAAGAAAGUUAACUAUCCUGGCAAGAUUGGCGGGAUUACAGGUCGAAUCGCCCACUUCAUUCCCAGUCCAGAGUCUGAUACCGAAGGAGCUGGAAAGUGUUGGGAGUGGAGAUGAGUUCUUGCAGCGACUACCUGAGUUUGAUGCUCAGAUGGAGGAGACCAAAGUCGCCGCGGAGAAAGAAGGCAAGGUUGUGAGGUUCGUUGGAAGCAUUGAUGUGGCAAAGAAGGAGGUUAAGGUUGGGCUGGAGAAGUUUGAUCGUUCACACCCAAUCGCCGCUUUGAAGGGAAGUGACAACAUCAUCAGCUUCUACACAAAACGGUAUGGGGCCAAUCCCCUGAUCGUACAGGGAGCAGGUGCUGGAGGCGAAGUCACCGCUAUGGGGGUCACUGCAGAUUUGCUGAAAGUCCUUGAACGAUUGACCUGA